AUGUCGACUUGCCUGGAUUGUGACUCCUGCGGCCAUGAAUUCUUAGAAACUUGGACUAUUCCUGAGUUCAAAUUGCUUGGAGAACGGGGCCUUGUGGUGGGCACAGCGCUGGUGUCAGCUCCAGACACCUUGGACGCUUUGAACAACUUGGGCUCUGCAUGGAAGGCUCAAGGAGACUACAAAGAGGCCGAAAAGUGCUUUAGAGAUACUUUGACGAGUCUCAACAACUUGGCCUGUACUGUGGAUGCCGUGGGGCGGCCCUCCGAAGCGGGCAAACUCUACCAGGAGCAUGGCAGAGCUGUGGCGGGUUGGUGGGCAAAGUGGCAGGUCAAAGGGACAGAUCCGUUGCAUAUCGGAAGAAUUCGGAAGUCGUCAUUGGAGUGCCUGGAGCGUCGGCGUGGCGUCCUGGGCCAUUCUCAUCCAGAUACCAUGACCAGCAUGAGCAACCUGGCACUGUACCUCAAGGCCAAUGGACAGACAGAGAAGGCCUUUGAGCUCUUUGAGCAGGUGCUGGAUGGACGGAGGAAGAUCUUUGGGAUUAAGCACAUGGAUACCAUCAUCAGCAUGAACAAUCUUGCCUCCAUGCAAAAGGAGCUUGCAACGUCAUUGACGGUUGGAAAGCAACAGGUUCAUGCUGCCAGAACCUUGGUCAUGAAGGUGCUACCUGGAUUCUAUGCUGUACAGCAGCAUCAUUGGAUCUUGCUGAGGAGCUGGGGUCAUGAAGCGGUGCCGUGGGCAGUUGAGGAAGACAUCCAGGGAGAGUACCGAAGGAAGUACGAUGAUCGCGAAGAAAAGAAGGCGCUGGACAAAGCCCAUUCCCUCUUGAAGGAGGCAGUGUUUUGCGGUCGGCAACACUUGGGGAAGCGCCACCCGGUGACGUUCCACUCUCGGGAAACCAAGGCGGGCGUGAUGCGAACGCGAGGAGACCUGGAAAAAGCCAAAGAGCUUUAUGAGAAGGCGGUCCAAGGAAUGCGAGACUCUCUGGGAGACAAACACCUCGACACCUUGCUAUGCCUUAACAACCUGGCUGGCGUUCUGCGCUCCGUGAAUGAAAUCGAUGAUGCAGAGGAAUGCUACAAGGAGGCGGCUACAGGGAUUGUUGAAAAGCUAGGGGACAAGCAUCCCACCAGCUACUUGGAUCUACUUGGUGUGUCCACGCUCUACAACUGGGGCCUGACGCUGGAUGAGAAAGGCGACUUCAGCAGCGCGGUGCCUUUGUAUCUGCACGAGUUGGACCAUGCCGUUUAUGCUCCAGAGUUUGGGAACCCAGAGUCGUCGGUCAGAGUCGGUUGA